AUGAAUAAGGCUACCUCACUGCUGUCUCUACCGACUGAACUCGUACAGCACGUUGCGAUAUCAGCUUGGACGGCCCGAGAUGUACUUUCUCUCGCGCAUUCGAAUCGUUUGCUACAUGGUGCCAUCACGACCCCGCUCGUCUUCCGAACGAGGCUGCUCAACGCCAGAUGGGAUACAUCCGUGUGGGAAGAGGAGGCCCGUGGACUUUCAAGCGAUGAAGCCCUUCAUCUCUGGAUCCGAGCAGACGCUAGCUCCGGCGCCGUCGCAACGAUGCUUCUCGAGGCGCGGGAUCCUCAAUACUUCGAACUGCAUGACACGCUGUAUCGGGUAUACUACCCUAGACUUACGUUCACCCAAUGGGGCUCAGUCUUGUGCGAUUGUGGGGAGGACGAUAUACGUGCCCUGGACGACUUACUUGCACAAGGAGAGCAUCUACGUUUGAUCAACGGAGAUGGAGUGUGGACAUGGAUGACUGGCUUUGUCAGGCCAUUCAGUCAUGUCCUCUCCCAUAACAAUUCUCGCACUUCGGGGAACCUGGAUAAGCUCAUCUCUUUAGCGGAAAACGGGAAUGUCUGGAAAGUCGUUUUACGUACACUAUUGGGAUUGGUGCACAAUCGAGUGCUGACCCAGCGCCUGGUCAUACUGCCUCCGGACUUCUACCCAGAUCUCACUCCCGACCUCGGCGCAGUCCUCUACCAUGCCUUUGACCUUGAGCGGUUUGCAUCGGCUUUCGCUCACUUUACUCUUUCGUGCGAUCAAGCUGAUCUGGAGCGCAUCUUUGGAGCUUUCAGGGAGGACAUCUGGCCCGCGUAUACAGCACGCCACUGGGCGAAUAACACGGCGCGCCUUACACACGAGCGUUUCUUUGGCUCAUGGAUUGCCACUGCUCACGACGGCAACUACCCACAAACCGUUACUGAGACACGCCGGUUCUCGUCCUCGUUCCUUUGCAUAGUGGCGUUCUAUCUGGACCUACGUCUUUCCCCUUCGCAAGAUGAUUCUCUUUCUCCGCCACGACUACCUCGAGGACAAGGUGCACGCAUCUGGACGGAUUUGCUUCCCCGUCACAGUCUAGAGGGCACCCCCUUACACCAUCUGCCGAACGAUGGUGGACGACGAGCAUGGGGAGGAUACUACGGUUACUAUGCGCGGAGCAUAGGUAGAUACCGCGACCCACCAAUGAUAUUGGACCUCGCCGUUGCUGUCGCUCAGGAGGAUAUGAUACACCUGUUUGGAGAAGGACAGGACAACGUCGGCUCUUUCACGCUCUCAGUACGCGUGGCUAGACGGACUGGUCUAUUUGACGGGAUCAAGUCGUACACCCAUGAUCAGUUGCGUUGGGACUGGCGGGGAUGUGUGACACCGUUUGGGUUGGUGGGUCGCUGGGGAGAUAGGCAUCAAGGGGGGCCAGUAUGGAUAUGGCCGAGGGAGUGGAGCGAGUAG